AUACUAGAUAUUUUUGAUUCUUAUACAGUUAGAAGAAAAAAUGUUUUUCUAUUUAUUCGCACUGUAAUUUUGAGGUUAUUUAGAUUAAUUGUGUAAUUCUGAACAAAGCGCGAAUGACGGAUUAUCAACUAACUUCUCGUGUUUAACAUCGAUCGGAUCCGAUUAAAGAGGAUGAAUCCUCUCGGAGGAGAUGGAAGCGGCGAUGGAAACAUCGAACGACGUGGAACAGGACGUGGCCGAGGUCGAGGACUCUGUACAUCGACCGCACAAGAAUAUCGCACGUUAAGAAAACCUCAUUGCGAUAUAUCUGGAAUACAAACAACAGGUCCCAUGGGAUCGAAAAAUACGGAACAGAGCAAAUUAGACAAAUCUUUUGACGAUAUUAUACAAAAUUCAACGUUGUCUGUUGAUGCAGCUGAAUUCAUUCCAAAAUCUUUUUCCCCCAAACAAUCGCUACAGCAACAACAACCAUCGACAAUGAGGAAUUUGCAGAAACACUCGGUUCAAGAUAGAAUACAACGGGCGCGCGAAAUACCUCUUCAAGCACAAAAUUAUCAUCAGGUAGAACAAGUUCAUGAAUUCAAUAAUUUUUCCAAUCAAUCGGAGCAUUUCACAAAUGUUCAAGAUUAUGGACAUUUUGACGGAGGCUCGGGAGAUUACAAAGACAAACACCACGAUUCGAGCGGGGAUGAAGAUAAUUAUUUAAUCGAAUUUGCUAACACAAUACAAAACUUAAUGAGCGUUAUACACUCGUUGAUAUUAAAUCCAGGGUGUUUCACCGUAAUAGUACCACCGCUUAUACAUAAUAUUAGGCCUUAUUUAGAUUCACCUUUUCAGCUCGAAGAUAUUAUACAGAUAAUAAUUCAGCAGUCCAUAAAUGAGGGUAAUUUCCGAUACAGCGGUGCUCGACUUUGUUGUGCGUUACUAGAUACUAAUCUGACAUCCGUGCAACAGGAAUUAUUCAAAGAGAUUUUGUAUGCUUGGUGUAGAAUCGAAACAGAUAAUCUGUCUGCUAAUUGGAAGCAGAAAGACGAACAUACUGAAGAAGAGCAGGAAAGAUGUCACGGAUUAAUAUUAUUCUUGGCUGAAUUAGUUACUCAAAUGGAACAUACGUCUGCUUUUGGUUUAGGAGAUUUAUUAAUUUCCCUCAUAUGUACCGUUUUAAAAAGACCCGCACCUAACUCUGUUAAGAAUAUUUGUCAAGCCCUCAAAUUAGCAGGUCAAACGUUAGAGAAAGAUGGAGGUGAAAUGCGUGAAGAAAUGGAUAACAUGAUGCGCGCAUUGACAGAAUUUGUAACAUCUGGUCGAGUAGAUACUCACAUUGAACGGAUGGUAUACAGUGUUCGUGAAUUGCGAAAUGGGAACUGGGGACAAACUUCGGCACUCAAUUCCACAAUAGUCGAGUCUACGGAAACAAUAGAUCCAAAUCAAGCACUCGAUGAGCCUGUAUUAUAUGGUCCCGACGGUAAAGUGUUAACAGCAGAAGAAAAUAAGUUUUUGGAAGAUGUUUCUCAUAGCACAAUUAUCGAAGAUCACGUUAUAUCAGAACACGAUUACGAAGAUGAAAAGUGGUCAUCGGAGGACGAAGACAAUGUAGACGCAGCGUAUGAAGAAUUUUUAAAACAUAUUCCAAAACAAAUUAAUAAACAAUAGUUGUUUACUAUAAGUUAACAUAAACAUAUAACUCUAUUCACCUCAUAGUUGGGAAUUAUGAGCGUUUUCAUUUCCGCAUUUCUAUACUGUAAUGCAAAGUGCAGACUAAAAUUGGACGCGUGAUCAAGCGAUUACUACAUGUGUACUACGCAAUUUGACAUUUUGUAAAUUCGUCUUAAGUGUGAGAAUUUUAAUUUACGAACUUUUAUGGGAACAACAACAACUUCGUAAUCA